UGACCCCACACAUCGGACACAAGGCUUGAUAAUUUCACAGUGUGAUGCGAAACCUUCUUUCCCCUUGUGCAACUUCCUCUUUCAUCGAUGAGGUAUAUCUCACAGAGUCACAGAGUCUCAAACUGCUCGUUGAUAACGCCCCGAGUACAAGUGUAACAAGCUGCUGGGGGUGACUGCAGUCCGCUGCAUUUUGGAGGUGACCAUCACCAAGGGAGGAGAUAUCAAAUGAGAUCAUCUCUCCAUUGCAGCUGACCUGAGUAUACACAGGAUCUACAGGAGAGGGUUUUUCUCUACCGUCCGGCAACUCCCAACACAAGGGUGAACUCUCAGAGAGAGCAAUGUUGAAACAGUUCAAACUCUUACAACAGUUUGGAUCAGUAUCAAAGUCACAAGAUGCAACAGAUCUUCUGUCUGAGGAUCUGGUCUCGGUGGAGCAGCGGGUGGAGCCCACCAGGAAAGCUGCCCAGAUUGUCCACAAAAAACUCUUGGCCUGCCUGCAGAGCCAGCCGGGCUUGGAUGCUGAUAGACGCAUGAAAAAACUUUCUCUCAUGCAGUUGUACUUCAGUAUGGCAGAGUGUUUAAAAGACCUAGAUGCUGAGUCAUCUAUCAGGACAGUGCUGGAGAUGUGUUGCUCUGCGCAAUGCUUCCUGGCACAAUCACUAGCGGACUUUGAGAUGAAGAUGGAGAAGGAGGUUCUGGAGCCUCUCAACAAACUCAGUGAGGAGGACCUGCCAGAGAUCUUGAGGAACAAAAAACAGUUUGCCAAACUCACCACCGAUUGGAAUACUGCUCGCUCGAGGUCGCAGACCAGCACAGGACCCCAGGCUAAGCAGGAUGGGCUGAGGGAGGAAAUGGAGGACGCUUGGAGGAAGCUGGAGAGCAUCAAGGACGCAUACUCUGCAGAUCUCUACCUCUUUGCAACCAGAGAAGAUGAAUACGCCAACUACUUUACUCGGUUACUAGAGCUCCAGGCUGAGUACCAUGAGACAUCACUGGAGUUCCUGAAAAACAAAAUCACUGCAGUCAAGGAAAGCCCCAGCCAACCAGACACGCCGUUGGGACCGUCCCACAGAAAGGCUUAUGGGGUGCCUCUCCUCACUCAUCUGGAGAACUGUGAGUGUCACAUAGCAACACCCAUCCAGGAGUGUGUGGAGAUGCUCCUGCAGAAUGCUCUGAAAGAGGAGGGUCUGUUCCGGUUGGCAGCUGCAGCGUCUGUGGUGAAGAAGCUGAAGGGCAGUAUGGAUGCAGGGAUGGUGGACCACAGCGAGUUCAGUGUGGACCCUCAUGCUGUAGCAGGUGCUUUGAAGUGUUAUCUCCGAGAGCUUCCUGAACCCCUCAUGACCUUUGAACUGUAUCAGGAGUGGUUUGAUGCUGCAGAGGAGAAGGAGCUACCUGACAAGCUAGAAAAGUUCAAGAAUGUACUGAAACAACUGCCGGAAGCAAACUACAACAACCUUCGAUACCUUGUACAAUUCUUACACUGUUUGUCCGAGUACCAGACACUGAACAAAAUGACCCCCAGCAACAUCGCCAUAGUUCUGGGGCCUAACUUACUCUGGCCAAAAGUCGAGGGGGAACACUCUCUGCUGGACAUGGCCUCUGCCUCUUCAGUCCAAGUUGUCAUGGUGAUAGAACCACUUAUCCAGAAUUCCAAGAGUCUUUUCCCUGAAGAACCUGAGUUUGAGGUACCUGGUCCUCCUCCUAGUCCACCUUCAACUGCCUCAGAGGAAGCACUCCCCUCCUCUGCCCCCGCAUCUCCACGCCUCAAAGCUGACAGUUUCGGCAAAGCCAGUGGACUUCAACCCUUGAAGAAGCGUGACUCUGUGAACCAGGGCACAAUAUCAUGGCAGACACCAUCCUCAGACCCCGCGCCAACUGUGACCCCUGCAUUGGAUAUGGCGGCGUCCAGUUCAGUUGGCCAGACCGCUCAGCCGGCUCCCCAUCCCACUCCCCAUCCCACUCCCGCCCCUCGGUCCAUCCUCCUCCAGAGCCUGGAGAGGGACCCAAGCCCCCCAGACACUGUCGGCGAGUUGCCGCCGAACUCACCGGAACCCACACUGAAGAUCGCUGGUCCUUUUAAACCAGCACGACGUUCCUUCCUGCAACACAAGCCCCACAACUCCAACAACCAACCAGUGGUGGCGCUCAAACCCAGGGCUCCUGCUUCACCCAACAUCCCUCACGUCAUUCGGGCACCACCACCCAUCCUCUCCACCGCCCCUGUUGUCUCCUCCGUUCCUGUAUACACACAAUUGCCCUCUGUUCCGGCUCCUGCCCCCGCUCCUGCUCCUACCCCCACCCCCACUCCUGCCCCUGCUCCUACCCCCACUCCUGCCCCUGCCCCUGUUAACAGUCCUCCAUCCCCACCCCACAAGCCGGCCAAGCCUCCCCCCGCUGUCCAGAAGAAGAUGAGUGGCGGGAAGAAGGGGACGGUCCGAGCGCCCAACUUUCCGCCUCCGCAACCUCCGCCCGCUGUGCCCAAGCAGCUGCAAUCCACAGCUCAGUGAGGUGAGGACUGUGCCCCCGCCCCCCCUGCCCCGAGAGCAUCCACCCGAUGAGUUCUGUCCGCAUCCCCCAUAGCUCACACGCAUGUGUAUGGUAUACUGACCAGACAAGAGCAGGCCUAUUCACGGUCAGUAUUUUCUUCAACUUAGGAUACUAAAAUCUUCAGACCAGUAGACCCAGUUGUUUUCAUUUACCUUUACUCUUGUGUCUUGUGUGUCAUAGAGUUGUUCAUUUUUAUGUUUGUUUCAUAAUAGGACCAACAUGGAGAGUGUUGGUGUAGAGUAACAUACUUAUGACGUAGU